AUGCCUCAACUCAACCCCGCACCUUGAUUUGCUAUUCUAGUAUUUACCUGACUAAUUUUUUUAGUCAUUAUUCCCACGAAAAUUUUAGCCCACAUCUACCCUAAUGAGCCGACAUCUCAAAGCACGGAAAAACCUAAAGCAGAGCCCUGAACUUGACCAUGACACUAA